AUGCUACCACUGUACUGGCUUGCCUCGCUGGCGCUGCCCAUCGUUGUCGCUGUAGCUGAGGCCAACCAUGACGGACAAGAUGUCUAUAUCGUGGAGUUCAUGGAUCGGUCAUCAGAUAACGGCACGAUACCAGUAGUCUAUCACGACCACGAUGUACUCACAACUCACAAUGAUACGGGAGUCGACAAGCUUCAUGCCGAAGGCAUCGUCGGCUCAGGGGUACGCAUCGCGGUGAUCGACACGGGAUUCGACCUCAAGGCGCCGGGCCUGGCCAAGACCCGCAUUGCGUACAACUACAACUCUGCCGAGGACGCUUUCGACUUUGAAGGUGACAAUUGCCUUGACUUCCUCCAUGGCACGCAUGUCCUGGGCAUCAUUGCUGCCGACAGCGACGAGCGCCGAUUUGGCAUUGUGGGCGUGGCGCCGAAUUCAACGGUGGACCUGCAUGGCCUAGAUUCCUGUGACGGAACACGGCCUGGGAAUUUGGAUGAUUUGAUGGCGGCUGUCGUUUCGGCAGCCGAGAGAGGGGUGGAUGUGAUGAUGAUCGGGUUCAACAUCAAGCUUGCUUUUCAGGAAGAACCGGUCGCCAGUCUGGUCAGUCGCGUAGUACGCAAUGGCACCGCUGUAACGGUGGCGUCUUCGAACGAUGGCCCCGGCCUCUUCACGGGAGCCUCACCCGCCAGUGGCGAGGGUGUAGCCGCGAUUGGAUCAACUGACAACUCGGCCACUCCGUACUACACAUGGGGCGCGAAUUGGACAUCUGGCAGUGACCAAGGUGUCUUGCGCUUCGCCCCUUCUUUCCCAUCCAACUUUGCCACCAACAACAACCUCACUCUCUGGAUGCCCGCUGACCCCGAGAGCUUCCCCGACGGUUGCAACCCCGCCCCCAGCAACUGUGUCCCGCCGGCUGACCCCGCGAAUACGGUGAUGUUGAUCGACGAGGACCACUGCUGGCUUGACCCCAAGAAUGCCUCAGCACGCCUCGCCAUCAGUCUGGGCGUGCCUUACGUCGUGAGGUAUCAGUCCGCAAGCACCACGGUGGCGGACGGCAUGCAGUGGGUUCCUUACUUUGCAGAGUUCUCCAGGCGGUACCAGGGCAUUGCCAGAAUCUCAAACGAGGAUGGACAGUUUCUGAAGUCCCAGCUUGCCAAGGGCAGCGUUCACCUAUCCUUCCCGAGCGACGUCUCGCAGGCUCAGGAAGAUGUCACCUACGGGAUCAACGACAUCUCCGGAGGCCUGGUCUCCAGCUUCUCCAGUUGGGGUCCGACACCAGAAGGCCGGAGCUAUCCCUCAUUCGUGGCACCUGGCGAGAACAUUCUGAGUACGUUCUUGCCCAAGUACGGAGGCCUUGCGGUAAUCGGGGGCACGAGUAUGUCCAACCCGUUUGCCGUUGGGGUCUUCGCAUUGGUCAAGGAGAAGCAUCCCGCCUACGACCCCAAACAGAUUCUUUCAGUAGUGACGACAACUGCAAAGCCUGUCAAGUUCAUCGAUGGGAACAGAAAGUCUUUUGACUAUCUAGCUCCGGUAUUCAGCCAGGGGGGCGGGUUAGUUGAUGCGUGGGGUGCGGCCCACGCCGUUUCGCUGGUCAAUGUGUCUAGCCUGGACUUUAACGACACCCUUCACCGGCCCUCCUCUCUUGCAUUCACUCUCAAUAAUACCGGAACCGAGACAUUGUCUUAUUCCCUGUCGCACUUAGGCGCAGCCUCAGGGUACAUCCUCGAUCAAGCCGAUCCGUACUCACUCACGGAAGCAGAGGGGCACCCCGUUUAUGCCGAAGUUGACAUCACCCCCUCGUCUAUUGAAAUCCCACCAAGAAGCGAGGCCGUAGUCUCGGUCUCCAUCAAAGCUAGCCCAGCUCUGCCAGAUGCAGCAAAGCGAGGCACCUUCUUCGGAGGGUACAUCCACAUCCAGUCAUCCGCCGCUGCAGGAACAAACCUCACAAUUCCAUACACCGGCUUCGGCACGCCGCUCGUCAACCUUCCAAUGAUCAAUCCCAACGCAUCGUAUCUUGUCAGCGUCGACCCCGCUACUAACGUCGACAACCGCGUGGAGUCCGGCACAACGUUUGAGUGCUUCUACAACGGCAGCAUCCCGAAGCCAGACUGGCCCGCCAGCUGUACGCCCGGGUUUCCGGGAUUCAGAAAGACAUUCGUCACGCAGAGCCGGAACUAUUCGUACGAUUUAGUGGAUGCCGCCACGGGUGAUGCUAUCCUCCCGAGGACAUUUGUGGGUACCGCGGAGAGGUACACGGAGCCUUCGGCAUGGUGGGUCUGGGACGGGUCGGAGGAGGAUCGGAAGUAUAUCCCGCCCGGCCGAUACUUCUGGCGCGUCCGGGCGCUGAGAUUGAGCGGGGAUGCUGGUGAUCAGAAGCACUGGGAUGUGUGGGAGUCUGGGAACUGGACGUUGGGUUACGCUCCGGAUAGCAUCGGGCUGCCGAUGGCUUCGCUUUGA